AUGGCGAUGGCAGCGGCCGCCCCUGCGCUCCCGGCCGCCGGUGCCGAGCGCUCCGCCCGCGGGCAGCAUGAGCAGCCUCCUCCCGCUCCUGGCCCUGCUGGGCGCGGCGGGGCGGCUUGGUCCGGGGGAGGCUCCCGCAGCGAGCAGGUGCCCCCGGGAGCCGGGUCCGGGGGAGGCUCCCGCAGCGAGGAGGCGGCUGGCACCCACGGGUGGUGCCCCCGGGAGCCGGGUCCGGGGGAGGCUCCCGCAGCGAGGAGGCGGCUGGCACCCACGGGUGGUGCCCCCGGGAGCCGGGUCCGGGGGAGGCUCCCGCAGCGAGCAGGCGGCUGGCACCCACGGGUGGUGCCCCCGGGAGCCGGGUCCGGGGGAGGCUCCCGCAGCGAGGAGGCGGCUGGCACCCACGGGUGGUGCCCCCGGGAGCCGGGUCCGGGGGAGGCUCCCGCAGCGAGCAGGCGGCUGGCACCCACGGGUGGUGCCCCCGGGAGCCGGGUCCGGGGGAGGCUCCCGCAGCGAGGAGGCGGCUGGCACCCACGGGUGGUGCCCCCGGGAGCCGGGUCCGGGGGAGGCUCCCGCAGCGAGCAGGCGGCUGGCACCCACGGGUGGUGCCCCCGGGAGCCGGGUCCGGGGGAGGCUCCCGCAGCGAGGAGGCGGCUGGCACCCACGGGUGGUGCCCCCGGGAGCCGGGUCCGGGGGAGGCUCCCGCAGCGAGCAGGCGGCUGGCACCCACGGGUGGUGCCCCCGGGAGCCGGGUCCGGGAGAGGCUCCCGCAGCGAGGAGGCGGCUGGCACCCACGGGUGGUGCCCCCGGGAGCCGGGUCCGGGGGAGGCUCCCGCAGCGAGGAGGCGGCUGGCACCCACGGGUGGUGCCCCCGGGAGCCGGGUCCGGGGGAGGCUCCCGCAGCGAGCAGGCGGCUGGCACCCACGGGUGGUGCCCCCGGGAGCCGGGUCCGGGGGAGGCUCCCGCAGCGAGCAGGCGGCUGGCACCCACGGGUGGUGCCCCCGGGAGCCGGGUCCGGGGGAGGCUCCCGCAGCGAGGAGGCGGCUGGCACCCACGGGUGGUGCCCCCGGGAGCCGGGUCCGGGGGAGGCUCCCGCAGCGAGCAGGCGGCUGGCACCCACGGGUGGUGCCCCCGGGAGCCGGGUCCGGGGGAGGCUCCCGCAGCGAGGAGGCGGCUGGCACCCACGGGUGGUGCCCCCGGGAGCCGGGUCCGGGGGAGGCUCCCGCAGCGAGGAGGCGGCUGGCACCCACGGGUGGUGCCCCCGGGAGCCGGGUCCGGGGGAGGCUCCCGCAGCGAGCAGGCGGCUGGCACCCACGGGUGGUGCCCCCGGGAGCCGGGUCCGGGGGAGGCUCCCGCAGCGAGCAGGCGGCUGGCACCCACGGGUGGUGCCCCCGGGAGCCGGGUCCGGGAGAGGCUCCCGCAGCGAGGAGGCGGCUGGCACCCACGGGUGGUGCCCCCGGGAGCCGGGUCCGGGGGAGGCUCCCGCAGCGAGGAGGCGGCUGGCACCCACGGGUGGUGCCCCCGGGAGCCGGGUCCGGGGGAGGCUCCCGCAGCGAGCAGGCGGCUGGCACCCACGGGUGGUGCCCCCGGGAGCUGGGUUCGGGGGAGGCUCCCGCAGCGAGGAGGCGGCUGGCACCCACGGGUGGUGCCCCCGGGAGCCAGAAGCUUUUGACCAAGACUUGCUUUCUGCUUCUAGGGGGUGCCGGCUCUUUGGAGGAACGUGAGCGCUGUGGAGGCAUCAUAGACGUGAUCAGUGCAGCUAAUGGGACCAUCAACUUACCAGCAGCCAAGGGCCCCUUGGCGCCUACGGGAACCUGCACCUGGGUGAUAGCAGCGCUGCCCUCCGAGGAAGUACGCGUGGAAAUCAAAGCCCUGGAGGCUGCUGCUCAUCCCAACCUCAGUGUGCGCUUUGAAGGUAGCCCAGGGGAAGGAGCCGGCAGGGAGGGGCCCGUGGAUAUUGCACACAGCUUUCUUCUGAAGGGACAGGGCAGAACCGUGAUCAGAGGGAGCCUGGAGUCCAGUCUCACUUUCACUUACUGGGUGACUGUGGAUUGGUGCGCGCGGCUGGCCCUUUGCUGCUCCGUGGUGGGAUCGGCACAGACCUGUCUCUGCCCUGGGAACUCAACGGGGGAACGCUGCCGGACAGGUGUGGAUGCCCUGGAGGCUCUGAGGGAAGAUGUUGGGCAGGUGGCGUCACAAGAGGCCCCAGUGAAGCUGAGGGGGGUUGUGUUAUCUGGAGCUGUUGAGCGUCUCCGCAGCACCAGCAAGGCAGCUCCAGGCCCUCGCCCUGGCCCUGCUCCCCACCAGAGCCCUGCGGCCUGGCCUGCCGGCACUGCAGAGAGCCCUGGAGAUGCUCUGAGUAACGCUGCCCCCGUGCCCCGAAGGACGUGGCUGGGCAGGAGAAGAAACGGGCCCCUGGCUCAGGAUGGAGCGAAUGCUGAGCGUGUGGAGCCACCGGCCACUGCAGCAGCUGCUGAGCGCUGGGACAAAGCCCGCGACCCGGGAGUGCGUACGCACCCAUCUGCUGCAGGAAAGGAGACGCCCACUAGAAAGACCGGCAGCCCCUUGUUCUCUGCGAGGUCACAGUUCAAGGCAGCAAAUCCCACGUCGCUGCCUCUCCCUGGGACAGUCCUUCUGGAAAACCUGAGGGCAAAAGAUCCCACUUCCCUGGGGGGCAGCAGCACCCAUGCAAAUUCACCCGUGGUGUUUCCUGGCUCUGCCGCCCAGGAGCCGGCUUCAUGGGACCAGGCACCUUCCAGCACCUCUGCAGUAACAGAUCCAGUGUACCCCAGUGGAGAGCGGGUGCUCACGGCAGGGCCCUCGGACCCAGAGCCAUGGAGCAUGGAAACGCCAGAGGCUGCUCUCGCCCUGAGUAAAACCAGGAUGGAGACCAGCCGGGGCAGUGCUGUGGACGCACAGAAGCCAGUAACCUUGUUGCCUCCCUCUGCUCCCGUGACCAGCCCUGCUCCCAGGGCUAGUGCAGGAGACAAUGGGGCUCAGCACUUUGGAGGAGGGAUGCGGGGGCUGGGGCUGGCACACCGGGAAGCUGCCGUUACUACGGAGUUGGACUUCACUGACCUGGGCCUAGGAGCCAGGCUGCCAAGCCCCACAGAGGGCUCUGGCACCCUGCCGCAAGGACAGACAGAGCCCGCCAUGCGCACUGCAGCCCCUGCACCGGGCGACUCUCUGGAAACCAGCCAGACACCUGCUCUGCAGCCGGAUGGCCGGGAGAGUCUGACCUGGCUGCUGGGGGGCAAAGCUCAGCCAGCCACAGAGACUGGUGGGACCCCAGGGGGCACCCCAGGGAGCAGCCUGACAGAGAUGCUCGCCACAACAGCUCACUCUGCCUCACGACUCCAUUCCAGCAUGCAUCGCAUGGUGCCCCUGGGGAGCCCCGGGCCUGGGGAGGACCUGGGCCAUACGCUGGCGGAGGCUGGCUCUGAGGAGUCGCCAGGGCACAGAGGUGUCGAUGGAGUCUCAAAAAACAAGGACUUGUCUCUCUCCACUGACACGCGCACAGAGGGGGACCCUUGGGCAGCGUCAUGGGCAGAGUCACUCCCCGGGGCUUCUCCAGACAGGACGCCAAGAGUCUACGCUGGUACCCCAAGGCCUUUGGGCAAUCUCACAGCACCUGCCCCAUCCCCUGGCUCGGCCCAGCCCCCAGCGCCAGCUGAGCAGCUCAGCACGGGGUCCAGUGUCUCUCACCCCACAGCUCCUGGCCACGAGAACGGGUCUCUCAGUGAGCGCGCCCCGGAGUCCAGGCUGUCAACACCAGCCCCAGCCUUGGAACGGUUAUUGAGUGGCUUCCGGACUCUCACCUGGCUCCCUGAAACCCCUGCUGCGAGGACUCGAGUGCCUGGCACAGGGGAGCCCCGCAGCACGGUCACAGCUGCCCCCGGUACGGCUGUGUCUGUGGGCACGUCCUCCCAGCCUCCUGUCUCCUGCGCUCAUGGGGCCAAGCAGCCCUCCCUGGCUCCUUCUCCAGUCGUGGCAGUGACGUCUCAGGAGGGAGUGUUCCCGGGAGUCUCCAGCGGGGAAGCCGUGUCCCAUGGCCCUGGCACCGUGCAAGCCACCACUCCUCUGGGCUUUCAGCCUCUGCCAGCCAGCCAGCCUGCUAGAGCGGAUACACCGGCAGCCACUCUGCAGAGAGGAUCCUCUGCGCUCAGCCCGACAGAGCCCCCUGACCCCCCCUGGACCAGGCUGAGUUCCCCAUUCUCCUUAGAGAAGGACAUUUCGGGGUCCCCCACUUCCCUGGGACUCGCAGAACUCAGCGUGGCCACCACCCAGUCUCCAUCAUGGGACACGGCGACCUCUAAUGCCUCAAUGGCCAUGCCCUCAUUGGCAUCUGCAAGCUGGAGGGGAGGGACAGAGAGGCUGGGCCAGCAGGCAACGACCCUCCCAGCCUGGGCUGCGCAGGCUGGGGCCGAACCGGGGAAUUCCAGCCAAGCCACUGACGCAACAACCCCGAGCGGGGCUGGGGGGAGCUUUCUGAGCAUCAACACCGGGGCCCUGUUCAGCCCCACGUCCCCCACCCCAGAGCUGAUACUAACCGCUGAGAGUGCUGAGUCCUCAGCUGGCAGCAGGAGUCCCUGGCCCCCCCUGGCAGCCACCCCGAGGGCGUGGGGUGCUGAUGUUACGGAUCCCGUGAGCAGUGCUGGGACGAAUGUCCCCUUCGCCAGCACGCAGCUCAGGGCAGCGAUGCCGCCAGUGACUCCUGGCCCAGCUGGUGUGACAGAUGGGCAGCCCCUGCCUGUCACCACCAAGGGUGCCCAUAGCAGGGCACAGAGCGUGUUCGUUGUGGAAGACCAGCCUCCUCUUCUCAAAGCGACCCGUCUCCGCGUGCCCUGUGAACUCGCGCUGGACAUGGAAUUCGUUGGCGCCUUCCGGACUCCCGGGUCGCAGGCACAUCGCAGCCUGGUGCAGAGUUUCAAUGAGACGGUGGCGCCCCUCUUCACGGCUGUGCCGGGAUUCCAGAGCCUGGAAGUGACGAGGAUCAGGAAAGGCAGCGUGGUGCUGGAGUACGAUGCCCUCUUCGCUGCGGAGCAGCUGCGUGGGCUGGUGCAGGGCUUGGAUGCUCUUUUAAACCAGACGGUGCUGUCGGGCGCCAUCCGCUCGGGUCUCCGCGUUGCCAGUGCCGUCGUGCUGUGGAACGUGGUCCUGGAGAGGCAGCUGGACCUGUGCACGGCCCUCUUCUCGUGCCACGCCGGCUUUGAGUGCAUCAGCAGUGGGGCUGGCAAUGCCAGCUGCACGUCCGUGUGCCACAGAGAUUACUGCAAGAACCAUGGCAUCUGCACACACCCGCGUGCCCAUGAGCCCGUGUGCCAGUGCCCCAUUGGCAGUGACUACUGGUUCAUGGGCCCGCGCUGCGAUUACAAGGUGACCCAGCAGAGCCUGCUGGGUGUAGCCUGUGGGGUGCUGCUGACCGUGGCCCUGCUGGGUGUUGCCAUCGCCUGCCUGGUGGUCCGGAGGUUCAAGGCGCUGCUCCUGGAGGCCAGGGUUGAUCAGACCAAAAGCAGCUACCGACGGUUUUGUCGCCUCGAUGAUGUGUCUGCUCAAUACUGGUCUCAGUCUUGGCUCGCCUCUGCCAAUUCUUUGGACAACCCAGCUUUCAGCAACUCUGAGGAGCUGCUCCACUUACAGAUGCUAGACAACAGUUGUUGCAGCUGUAAGGAUGACACUAUGAUCACAGACAGCUACAAGCAGCAGACCACACCUAUCAGCACAGUUUGCAGGCCCAGCUUUCACUAUGACUGGGACACAAGUUCUAGUAGCAUAAAUGAUCCCAUGAUUGACUCUGGAAAAGCCAGUGAUAUUUCUGUGUCAAGUUGGCCAAUGGAACCAGUUCAGUGGACACCCUUUCCAAUUCUACAUCACCUUUCCAGACAACGGCCACCCAAAGCUAGUAGGCGACCUCAUUCCUACUGUGAGGGGAUGGAACUGGUCAAUCUUGAAAGAAGCUGGACAGCCUAAAAAUGGCAGAUGAAAGACAGGCAACAGUUGUCAGCUUUAAAACCAACCACAUUUUAUUUUCACAUAACACGCUCAACAAAGGAGUUUCCAACAUUUUGACAAUACAAUCAAUGCAGGUAUGAUGUCGGUUCUAUUCAAUGCAGAGUGCUGAAGAUUAUCAGCGAAACCUUUCAGCAGUAUUUCAAACUGGACUUUAGAAGCCAGCUUUGGGACAAGGUAACUAUUAGUAGUAAGUAAUUACAGAUAAGUGUUGAGUUAACACAAUGCUGGCAUCCAACAAAGUAAACGACUUACACCAGGCAAGCUGAGAAUAAACUUUCUGAAGUCACAUCAUAUUAUGUACAUAUAUGGUCUGCCCUACAGCCAUUUCAGAACAAGCUAAGCCACUGUGAAAAGUGAAAUAAAAAUUAAGCACUGCUGCAUUGUUCAUUAUGAUUUAUGUAAAUGAGGUAUAACUAUAACCCCAAUACAUGUUUAAGCAUUAAACUUUAUUUUCCAAAA